CCGAGUCUCCUUCGUCCUGCUACAUUCGAAGAACCAGAUUUGUGUUGGGUGCUCCGUGAUUCUCUGUAAGCCGAAGGCGCUGAACGUGAACGCGAACCACCAUGUUAUUGGGGGAUAUACCACCUAACCAGACCAUAUACAUUAAGAAUCUCAAUGAGAAGGUCAAGAAAGAAGAAUUGAAGAGAUCCCUCUAUGCUUUGUUUUCUCAAUAUGGAAGGAUCCUUGACGUUGUUGCCUUGAAGACCCCGAGGCUUCGAGGGCAAGCAUGGGUUGCAUUUAGUGAAGUGACUGCAGCUAGCAAUGCUGUGCGGCAGAUGCAAAACUUCCCAUUCUAUGAUAAGCCUAUGCGAAUUCAAUAUGCCAAAACCAAAUCAGAUUGUGUUGCUAAAGCUGAUGGAAGCUUUGUGCCAAGGGAGAAGAAGAAGAAGCAAGAGGAAAAAGCUGAGAGAAAGCGACGUACUGACGAAACACACCAGUCUGCGAUGCCCAAUGGAGCAACCGCUGAGAAUGGAGGUUCAAAUGCCACAUUCCGUCAUGCAAAUCCAAGCGCUCCAGAAGCUACUCCAAACAACAUACUAUUUAUUGAGAAUUUGCCUCAUGAAACUUCGAGUAUGAUGUUGCAAGUCCUCUUCCAACAAUAUCCUGGAUUCAGGGAAGUCCGAAUGAUUGAAGCAAAGCCGGGUAUUGCUUUUGUUGAGUUUGAAGAUGAUGUUCAAUCCUCUAUGGCGAUGCAGGCUCUUCAGGGCUUUAAAAUUGAUCCCCAACAUCCCAUGGCCAUCUCUUUUGCAAAGAAGUAACUCAGCCUUUGUUCUACUCUUAGUUUUAGUAACGUGCAGCGGGACUAUGUUAAUGUCGGAGCAUAUUAGUAUGAGUCAGAAGUUUUUAUGUAAAGUUCAGAUAUCCUUCCCCUCCUUUCAACGAUAAAAGAGAACGAACGAACGAAAACAUUGGGAUAGGCAGGCCACUGAUUCCAAAAGAUGAGGAUAUCAAACCAAGGGACUCAAUGAGUUUGCCGGCUGUGUUCAUUUCAGUUUCCAGCGGUAGCAAGAAAAUAGUUUUAUGUUAGGUUGUCAAAAUGGAAACAGAAAGAACCAAUCAAAGACUUAUUUCUAAAUGUGUUCAUGUACUACAGGGAGAUGAAAUUCAGGAAAACAAUGUUCGAUUACAUUUUUGCAUGAAUAUUUCGUUCUUGACAA